GGUCAAUUUACAAAGCAAAACAAAACAAAAAAGAAUUAAAUAUUCAUUUGGGAUAGAUUUUAAGGAUAUAAAAUUAAUUAUAGUUAUUACAAAUGUUGCCUGUUCCAGAAAUAUUAGAAAAAAAUUUAAAUCAUUCGUUUAAAUUCCAUAAUCGAGAUGAUUACAGAAAGAUUAAACGACCACCAAAGCUGUAUCCCAAGGAAUUUAGUCUUUUGUUAUUAAAGAAUGGUCACCGUGAAGCGCAUGGAAUUUCAUUUAAGGAAUCGUCAUCAAAUUCCUCAACACCUCAGUCCAAAAAUUCUACUGCUGUGGACCUGUCAAACAGCUUUUAUGAUAAGAACAAGAAUGAAUCUUAUUUUGAGCAGUGUUUCGAUCAAAUCAAGAGAAUAGGCGAAGGAAGUUUUGCUGAGGUAUUUAAAGUACGUAGCAAAGAGGAUGGAAAGUUUUAUGCAAUCAAAAAGAUGAGAUUCAUACAUCGAGGUGAGAACUAUCGUCGUGAAAGGCUGGAGGAAGUUAGAAGAUAUGAAGAAUUUUCAGACAAUGAGAACUGUAUGACAUUAUAUAAAGCUUGGGAACAAGACGAUUUACUGUACAUGCAGGUGGAAUUAUGUCAAGGAAGUGUUCAAGAUUAUGUCGAGAAAGUCAAGAAAGUUCCAGAGUCAUUCAUUUGGUCAUUCCUUCUAGAUUUGUUACUGGCACUAAAAAGUCUCCAUGACAGGAAUUUAAUUCAUCUCGAUAUCAAACUGGAUAAUGUUUUAUUAACGAAGGACUGUCGAUGCAAGCUAGCUGACUUCGGAUUAGUCUUUGAUAUCAAAAACUCCAAUCGCAGUCGUGCAAUUGAAGGAGAUUCACGAUAUAUUGCACCAGAACUGUUGGAAGGCAACUAUAGUUUUGCUAAUGAUAUCUUUAGUUUAGGCAUCACUUUAUUGGAACUUGCAUCGAAUGUUGAGCUGCCUGCAAACGGAAAAUUAUGGCAGAGUUUACGUACUGGAAUAAUUCCACAAGAAAUUUUCAAUGAGAUGAAAUCUUUAUCGCCAGAACUUCUUUCAAUUAUUAAAUCAAUGCUUGAACCUGAUCCACAGAAGCGGCCGACUGUGAAUACCUUAUUAAAUAUGGCCUAUCUAAAACACCUUUAUUUGAAGCGAAAAAUGACACGAAUGGUCAAUAAAAUUCGAGAAAUAUUCCUUACUGGAUUAGAACUUAUCAAAAUUUACUUCCUUUUUACUGUAUUCUACAUAUCUGAUUUCUUUAGACUUCGAGGGAACAUGCCUAAUAAUACGAAUGUUAAAAUUAGAAAAUCAUCUUCAUUCAGCAAGAAUGAUAAAAUAGAGAUCAAUGUUAGGCGUAUUGAUGAAAAUAGUGAUGAUGAUGAUGAUAGUAGCUUUAAAGCUCUCAACAAUAGUCGAGUGAUUAAACUUUCUGCUGAUGACGACAAUAACAAUGAAAGUUCAGUAACACCGACAUUAAAUAACUCAAUUCCGCGUAUAACGCCGGAACUGAAAAUUAUCAAUUCUACCCCAUUGAAUCAUUUUAAUCACCAACAUGAAGGACUAUCAAGUCGAAAAUACAGGCGUGAUUUGACAAAAUCUUGUAGCUUUGGAGUCGAUGACGGUUUCUGCUCACCAGUUAUUCCUAGAAAUUGUUCAAUUAGAAAUAUAUCGCAGGAUCGAGAUUCGUUCAUCUGCAGCAAGAAGCUUUUAUUUAGUGAUGAGGAUAUGGAUGAUAUUUGAAUAGAAUUAAGACAUAAACUGUUUAAAGUUAUACGAACAUAACGUUUUAUCGGAGGACAUUUUUACUUUGGAAUAAAAUCUAUGAAUGGUAUGAAAUGAAGUUUUUAAAGGAAGUCAAAAAAUAUUGAGUGGGCAUUUUAUGCCCAUUUUAAACACGUGAUUUAAAAACAAUUUGUUCGGGUUCUCUUUGAAUUUUACAUAACGGUUUAAAGUUUAUAACGAUUUAAUUAUGUGAAUUUUGAACAUUUUAUAGGAUUUUUGGGGGAAUUUGUAAAUCAGUUUGUUUUGGAAUUAAUUUAAUUGAAUCUCAAAGAAUUUGACACUAAAAUAACUGAAAUAAGUUUAAAAUGUUGGCACCAAUCUAAUUAGAAUCUUGAAUAAUUGUGUUUGAAUUGACAAAGAGCGUAUGAAUAGGGUUACCAUCUAAUUUUCAUGAAAAUACAGGACAUUUGGUAAAUUUUUUCGAAAAAAACAGGACAUAGAGUAAAAUUCGAAAUUUAACGGAAAUUUUCAUGAAAAAAAUACAGGACCAAGAACAAAAUUUAAAAUUUUUUACAGGACAGUCUUGAAAAAUACAGGACUGUCCGUUGAAAAACUACGCAGAUGAUCACCCUACGUAUGAAUGAAAGUGGUCUGUAUACUUAAUGUCAUUCUAUGCAUCUUAGGGGUGUGUAUUACUUUUAAGAUGGUCUGUAGGAAAUAAAAGUAACAUUUUACAACCCUUUGCUGCAAGGUUUUUAU